AUGGUUGCUGCUCGCUUCAUCCGUCCCGCGGCGCAGGCAUUGCGCUCUACGCCUACAGCUUUCCCAAAAUCUAGCUUUCAGCGAAUUUCCGCGCCGGCUGCAUCACGAUGGAGGACGUACGCGACGGGCACCAAGGAGAUGACAGUGCGUGAGGCACUCAACGAGGCAAUGGUGGAGGAAAUGGAGAAGAACCCCAAGGUUUUUGUGCUGGGAGAGGAAGUUGCUCAGUACAACGGCGCAUACAAGGUCACCAAAGGCCUAUUGGACCGCUUCGGCGAGAAGCGUGUCAUCGACAGUCCCAUCACAGAGUCCGGAUUCGCUGGUCUUACAGUUGGUGCGGCCCUGRCUGGCCUGCACCCUGUUUGCGAGUUCAUGACCUUCAAUUUCGCCAUGCAAGCCAUUGACCAGAUCAUCAACUCCGCUGCGAAGACACACUACAUGUCUGGUGGUAUCCAGCCAUGUAACAUCACUUUCCGUGGACCCAAUGGUUUCGCCUCGGGAGUAGCAGCACAGCACUCACAGGAUUACUCGGCAUGGUACGGAUCGAUUCCUGGCUUGAAGGUUGUCGCACCAUACUCUGCGGAGGAUGCCAAGGGGCUGCUCAAGGCUGCCAUUCGGGAUCCCAACCCGGUCUGUGUGCUCGAGAACGAGCUUUUGUACGGUCUCUCGUUCCCAAUGAGUGAGGAGGCGCAGAGCGACGACUUUGUCAUUCCUUUCGGUAAGGCGAAGAUCGAACGCCCCGGAAAGGAUCUCACCAUUGUCACCCUCUCGCGAUGUGUCGGCCAGUCUCUCCAGGCCGCCGAGAUCUUGAAGAGCAAGUACGGCGUUGAGGCUGAGGUCAUCAACCUCCGCAGCAUCAAGCCGCUGGACGUCGAGGCCAUUGUCAAGUCUGUCAAGAAGACCGGCCACAUGAUGGCUGUGGAGUCUGGAUUCCCUAGCUUCGGCGUUGGCGCUGAGAUUAUUGCRCUCACCGYAGAAUACGCUUUCGACUACCUGGAGGCGCCUCCAGUCCGUGUCACUGGUGCUGAGGUUCCUACCCCCUACGCGCAGAAGCUUGAGGAGAUGGCUUUCCCUACCGAGCAACUGAUUGCCGACUACGCGGCGAAGCUACUCCGCGUGUAA